AUGAAUUGGUUAGUUUGUGCGUCUGCUGUAGACUGGUCAAAUUCCCCGUUGGAUAGUAAUGAUGGUGAUGACGAAUUUUAUGAAGAUGAUUAUAACAAUCAGCUUAAACAACAAUAUCCAUUUACGGCUAAGCGUUAUAUGACAGUUGCAGAGGAGAAGAAAUUUUGGAAUAAACUAUUCAGUGGAAUACGAACAGCUGGACCACAGAGAUUUACACCACCACGAGGGCCAAGUACAUUAAGAUUUGGUUGA